UGUGACGUCACGUCAUGCGACAGCGGCGACGCAGGACAACAGCAACCGGAGGUCUGAUUUCCUGCAGGAAAACGCCGAAUACCGGCGUUUUUAAAGCGGUGAACCGGCGGCUCAUUAAGCCUUACCAAACAAUCAUGGCCGCUAGUCAGCUAUAAUCAACUUCUGGCUUACUGCCUUUAAGAGAUCAGCUGCUGCAACGAUGCAACAAACUUUAGAAUUGGCGUUGGACCGAGCAGAGUAUGUCAUUGAGAGCGCCAGGCAGAGGCCUCCAAAACGCAAACACUCGUCUGGAGGAAGGAAAUCUGUAUUUCAUAAGCUGUACGACCUGUAUAUAGAAGAAUGUGAAAAAGAACCAGAGAUAAAGAUGUUAAGGAGAAAUGUGAAUUUGCUGGAGAAGUUAGUGAUGCAGGAGACUCUCUCCUGUUUGGUGGUGAACCUGUAUCCUGGAAAUGAAGGCUACUCCCUCAUGCUGCGGGGCAAAAAUGGGUCAGAUUCUGAAACCAUCAGGCUUCCCUAUGAAGAGGGGGAGCUUUUGGAUUAUCUGGAUGCAGAAGAGCUUCCACCAAUUUUAGUUGAUCUUCUUGAAAAAUCUCAGGUCAAUAUUUUCCAUUGUGGGUGCGUUAUAACUGAAAUCCGUGAUUACAGACAGUCUGGAAAUAUGAAAUCACCAACAUACCAAACAAGGCAUGUUCUUUUACGACCUACAAUGCAGACUUUGGUGUCAGACAUACAUGCCAUAACCAGUGACAACCAUAAGUGGACACAGGAAGAUAAGCUUUUGCUAGAGAGCCAGUUAAUCUUAGCGACAACAGAACCUUUAUGUCUGGAUCCCUCUAUAUCUGUUACCUGCACUGCAAACCGUCUGUUGUUCAACAAGCAGAAGAUGAAUACGUGUCCCAUGAGGAGGUGUCUGAAGAGGUACUCAAGACCAUCACUAAACAGACAGCAGGAGUUAUCAAGCUGUCCUACUCCACCACAGCUCAAGCUUCUAGAUUACCUACAGAAGAGAAAGGAACGGAAACCCACAAUGCCUCAAUAUGACCUUAAAAUAUCCAAGAGUGGAAAUUGCAUUGACACAUGGAAACAAAAUCCUUGCUUGUUAACAGCGCCAUCAGAAGUUGAUGUUGAAAAAUAUGCAAAAGUUGAAAAAUCUAUUAAACUUGAUGACUCGCAACCUACUGUCUGGCCAGCAGACGAGAUGAAAGAAGAUUAUCUCUUUGAAUUGGAAAGUGGCAGUCCGUUCCAGAAAGCAAAAUUGACUGUUUUCCAAAACGUGGGAAAUCCUCUAUACUAUGGGAGAAUGCAGACUUACAAGAGCGAUGAAGAGAAUGACAACCGCUUAUCACCAUCUCAAUUUCUGAUCGGAUCCAAGAUUGACAUAGACAGGGUGGUCAGUCAGUACCAUGAUGUGUUUGAGAAUGAAGCCAAAACUUUUGUAAAGAUGACUCACAAUGUAGGAGGCACGGUCAGUCAUAGCCAGCUUUCUCCAGGAAGUGAAAUAGAGUCUGACAGUAUCUCGGGGUCAAUACAAUCUUCUGUACUGGGCAAAGGUGUCAAGCACCGACCACCACCCAUUAAACUUCCUGCAACCUCUGGAAACAGUUCAACAGGUAAUAUUUUUAGUCCACAGCAAGCAAGUGGCCACCUCAAAUCUACAACACCCCCGCCUUCUAAGCCACCCGGUAUCUCUCGGAAACAAUCUGCAGAGCAUAAUCAAAUCAGCAUGGUUUCCCCUGUUGCAAUGUCACCUGCCGGCUCGUCACAAAGAUCUGGAACUCCCAAACCAUCUACUCCUACACCAACCAACACCCCAUCAUCGACACCGCACCCACCUGAUGCUCUGAAUUCAACUCCUCUCACCCCUUCUGCCACCCCCACACCCCAAGACCCAAGUUAUAAUUCCCAACCUGCUUUGUUAACACAGUUUGCUCAGCAGCAAAUGUCUUUGGGUCAGGGAUUACCUGUUAUGACCAUUCCACUGUCCACCAUGGUCACCACUAUCACCACAGGAACCUCCUCCACUCAAGUCAUGACUAACCCUGCUGGACUUAACUUCAUCAAUGUAGUGGGCUCUGUGUGUGGCCCACAGACAUUGAUGAGUGGCUCAAAUACCAUGCUGGGGUGUAAUACUGGUGCCAUAACCCCCACAGGCAUUAAUCUGAGUGGCAUUUUACCAUCAGGAGGCCUGGUGCCGGGUUCACUGCCGGCUGCCAUGCAGUCUGCCUCUCAGGCAGGUGGCCCAUUUGGUUUAAAAAAUACACCAGGGUUGAGGCCAUUAAAUCUGCUACAGCUUCCCGGGGCUUCGCUCAUAUUCAACCCAAUGCAUCAACAACAGCCACAACUGUCUCACUUUUCACCUCAACAGUCUCAGCAAGCAGCAUCUUCUAGUCCUCAGCAGCAGGGUGAUCAGUUGAGCCUCAUACCAGCGGGAAUGGACCAAGGUGCUAGCAGCCAAGAUCAGACGUUAUCUGCACAACAAGCAGCUGUUAUUAACCUUACAGGAGUAGGGAGCUUUGUGCCACCGCAAGCAGCUGUUGCGAUUCUUGCGACAUCAAAUGCAGCAAAUGGCUAUGGCACCAGCCCAAGCGGUACCACCACUCCCCCGGGCUCAUUCAGACAGUCUGUCAAGAAGUAGAAGGGGUGGUGCGUCAUCUGAUCCGCAAGUCUGAUGCCUGCUCUUCAUUCAACCAGCAACGUCAUCAGACAACCAGCAACCGCCUUCUAAUUAUGUAUAUUAAAGGGCAUAACUUAUUACAGUCGUGAGGGAGGGCUUCUAACAAAGCUUUAGAACUGGACGAGAAAAACAAGGUAUUAGGAGUCAAAUGGGUGAAUAUGUUAAGAAGUCUCUUCCUUUAUAAUAUGGAAUGUCCAAUGGGGUGGAAAAAGAAUGACACUAGGGAUAACUUUGUAAAGUGAAUUGUUUUAUUGAGUACAAAAAUGUUCAGCCACUGUAACAAAUACAACUUUUUACACGUUAUUUUAAAAUAAUUAAGUCUAUUUUCCUGACUUAACGCUUUCUAGAACUUCAUUCAGCAACGUUUGCACCUCUUUGUGUCUUGUGAUGGAUCGACUGACACAGUCCUGAAGCUUUUCUGCUGUGAGUGCACUUCCACCUAAUUAAAAGAAAGCACAAGUCAGGCAUAAGAGGUUUUUAGCAAAGGUUGGAAAAGCUGUCUUAUUACUAUAGCAACCAAACGAUCCAAUCAGCAAGGACAUCCCAAUGAUUACUAUAGUGAUAAGACCACUUUUCAUACCAGAAGCCCUUUAGAUAUACAGUAUAUAUAUAUAGUAUUUUUGAAUUUAUUACAUCAUCAACGGAAGAAGAUCAAAAGGUAACAGCGUGGCUUUAACAUGUUCUCCAAAAAUAAAUGUUAGAACCUGCUGCACCUACAGAGUUACUAAAUGCCAGAGAUCUACUUUUUUUAGUGAGACAAUAAAUGGCUACAUAUUUUAGACCUUU